AAAAAUCAUCACAUCAAAUUGAGCGUAACUCGCAACUUUCAAAUAUCUCGAACGACACCUACUAGUACCAGUAGUAGCACUCCGGCGCGCGCGCAAGACAGAGACAGAAAACGCGAGAAAGAUCCAUUCACCAUCGCAAAGUCGAACAGAAAACUCGUUUCUGCAUCGAAAAUACGAAAUAAAUCUUUUCAUAUACAUCGAAAGUUGAUACGACAUUGACCUAAGAUUUUGAGUGUGAGUGGGGGCAUGGCAGUGGUAGCAGACGCCUCGUACGGUUUACGCGUAUGCUCGAAAAGUCACAUUUAGUGUAAAUUGUGAUAGUGGAUCCGUGUGUGUGAUUAAAUUAACAGGUUUCUGUGUACCACGUGCAAAGACUGUUCGCGGAUUUCACUUUUUCGCGAAUUGGAUUUUUUUUUGGUUUAUCCGACAUGGUGGCUCGGUUUUGUACUAUGACGUAAUAAAGCCAGUGAUCAAAAGAUAUCACACUAAAUGAACCCGCUGCAAUCAAAGCAAGAACAAAAGUGAUGAAGAUUGGGAGAAUCCAGAAAAAUGGACACCCUAGAAAAAUUAACAAAUAGAACAAAAUGGAGGUUCAACCUCCUAACAUUGUACAUAUUACUACUGGCCACAACAUGCCAAGGGAACAGUCAAAACGAUGAAACCAAAACAGACGUAGAAUUAGAAAAUAAAUUAGAUUCUAACCACUGCCAUAAUUGUUACAAUAGUCACAAAGAACAUGUAGAAACCUACGUAGAUGAUAUAGUUGGACAAUUUAAUACAUUCACAGAAGAAAACUUCAAUUUAAAUAGUACUGUUAUAUAUUUAGAGAGAGUAGUUGAAAAUAUGCUAGACAAAGCUUUAACUCAAGAGAAAUUUAAGAUUUUCGAUGGAGUUGAAAUUGAAGCAGCUGAGGAUAGAAAUGACACAAGAAUACAAGAGAAAGUGGAUGCCGCCGGCAGAGCCUUGUUUAGCAAAUAUACUUAUGAGUAUAGACUUUAUCAGAAGGUUAAGGAUUUCGUUAACACCCAUAUACUGUCAAUCAAUUUACCGAUGGCCGCAAAAUCUUUCGGAUUAAACAAAUUCUUCGUACCGAUAUUAAUUGGAGGUCAAGUAAUUAUAAAAACUAUCUUGUUCGCGAUGUUCCUGCCAUCCAUUCUCGGAAGUUUCGGGAAAAUGCUCAGCAAAGGCCUAUCGACCCUAUCAGCAUCGUCAUCCCAAGCCAGCUACCCGCCUGCCAACGUCGAAGACCAAGUUGGCUACAACAGCGACAAUAAGGACUUCAUGGGGUACGAGACCAGCCCCACGGGGACCUUCGCGUACCCUCAGGAUGGGAUGUACGGGAACGAAGCCAGUGAUGUCAAUGAAGUGGGGAAUGUUGAUAUGUCCAGAUUCGGCGCCAACAAUGCGGCGUACCUGCCUUCCAAGAACAGUUACUACAAGAACCAAAUGACGACCGCAGCUAAUAACUACAAGGUGUUCCAGAAAAUCCCAGCAUCGUCUAUGAUCCUGAGUAACUACGAUCCAUUCUACUCACCGCUGUUAUCAAGACUUGAUGGAAUAUUCGCACGACUUGGUCUGGCGCCCUCAGAGAACGCAAUAGAUGACAACAUAGAGGCCUGCCGGGAGCAGCUCAUCUGCCUGAUGUACGCGAGCCCUGCCAAGUACGCACCCUACAGCAACCUCGUCUCAGCACAGUUAAGCAGAGAAUUGAACGAGCUUCGUAGACCAGUGUCAGACAACCCUGAGAUUCUAAGGUUCUUUAAAUAUAUGAAGGCGGCGAGGCGAGGGCAGGAGGCAUCAGACUGUACGUACUCCUACCCGACUUGCUCUGCCAACGCCCAGAAGACACAUACCAUGGUGGCAGCAUACCACGACAUUAAUAAACUAGUCAGUGCGAGGAAAUUGCACUGAAAUGAGCCUUGAAGUUUUGAGGACGAUAAAAGUUAUAUUGUGACAAUUGUGUGAGUAUUUUUAUUAGUGAAUGUUAUGUUGGAAUUAAUUGUGUUGUUUUAUAAAUGUGAAGUAAAAUUGGAACCCGGACCCCCUUAACGUAAGGGUCGCGAAUUGUUGGUAGGUGACAAAUAGAUUUGAGAGUGGAAUGUAACCAAAAAUGUAUUUGUCACUCAACCGAUUUUAUCUUUUGUAUGGAUAUUUGUACGGAAUCCUCUAUGUCAAGACUUCGACUCACACUUGCCCGAUAUUAUUAUAUUCUGUUACCAGUUGAGUUUCUGUAAUUUUACUGCAAUACUAAUGGCAAUACCUACUGUAUGAUAGUCCUUCCAGUCCGAAGUAGUGAUGUAACAAACAUAUAAAAAAUAAGAAAAAUUGAGAACCUUCUCCU